GCCGCGGAUGGAUGCUGCGGGAAGGGGCUGCCAUUUGCCGCCCCUGCCAGCGGCGCGCGGACCUGCUCGCUCUCCUGCAGUGGCAGCAGCCGUCAGCGCCGUCCGCCGGCCCGGCCUCAGCAGCGGCGGCGCUUCGGCUCCCUCCGCGGCCGCCGGAGCGGUCGCCAUGAACCCCAGCUCCUCGGCGGGAGAGGAGAAGGGGGCGACAGGCGGCAGCAGCAGCAACGGAAGCGGCGCCGGGAGCUGCUGCCUGGGCGCCGAGGGCGGCGCGGACCCGAGGGGCGCGGGGGCAGCGGCAGCGGCUGCCCUGGAAGAGCCCGGGGCCGCCGGCCCGAAGGAGAAGGACGAGGCACUGGAGGAGAAGCUGCGGAACUUAACUUUCCGGAAGCAGGUCUCUUACAGGAAAGCAAUCUCUCGGGCAGGCCUGCAGCACUUGGCUCCUGCACAUCCCCUCAGCCUUCCUGUCGCAAACGGUCCAGCGAAGGAGCCCAGAGCGACUCUGGACUGGAGCGAAAAUGCCGUGAACGGGGAGCACCUGUGGCUGGAGACCAACGUAUCGGGAGACCUGUGCUACCUGGGGGAGGAGAGCUGCCAAGUCAGAUUUGCAAAAUCAGCUCUCAGGAGGAAGUGUGCGGUCUGUAAGAUUGUCGUCCAUACCGCCUGCAUUGAACAGCUAGAAAAGAUUAAUUUCAGAUGUAAACCAACAUUUCGAGAAGGAGGUUCAAGAUCACCAAGAGAAAACUUUGUGCGUCACCACUGGGUGCACAGACGUCGGCAGGAAGGAAAGUGUAAGCAGUGUGGUAAGGGCUUCCAGCAAAAAUUCUCCUUCCACAGUAAGGAGAUUGUGGCUAUCAGCUGUUCCUGGUGUAAGCAGGCGUUUCACAAUAAGGUGACCUGCUUCAUGCUGCAUCAGAUUGAGGAACCCUGCUCCCUGGGGGCUCACGCUGCUGUUAUUGUUCCGCCCACCUGGAUCAUUAAGGUGAAGAAACCUCAGAGCUCCCUGAAGGCGUCCAAUCGGAAGAAGAAGAGAACAAGCUUUAAAAGAAAAGCCAGCAAAAGAGGAACCGAACAGGAAAACAAAGGUCGUCCUUUUGUGAUAAAACCUAUCUCUUCUCCGCUCAUGAAACCUUUGCUUGUGUUCGUAAACCCCAAGAGCGGAGGCAACCAGGGAACCAAAGUCCUGCAGAUGUUCAUGUGGUACCUGAAUCCACGGCAAGUGUUUGACCUUUCUCAGGAAGGACCGAAAGACGCGCUUGAGUUGUAUAGGAAGGUACCAAACCUGCGGAUUCUGGCCUGUGGUGGGGAUGGAACGGUGGGCUGGAUCCUUUCCAUUCUGGAUGAACUGCAGCUGAGCCCUCAGCCUCCCGUCGGGGUCCUUCCUCUGGGGACUGGGAAUGACCUGGCUCGGACUCUCAACUGGGGAGGGGGCUACACUGAUGAGCCUGUUUCUAAGAUCCUUUGCCAAGUAGAAGAUGGGACGAUUGUACAGCUGGAUCGCUGGAACCUCCACGUGGAAAGAAACCCAGACUUGCCUCCUGAAGAACUGGAAGAUGGCGUGUGUAAGCUUCCUCUGAAUGUUUUCAAUAACUACUUCAGCCUCGGAUUCGAUGCGCACGUCACAUUGGAGUUCCAUGAAUCCAGAGAAGCAAAUCCAGAGAAAUUCAACAGUCGUUUUCGAAAUAAAAUGUUCUAUGCAGGGGCAGCUUUUUCUGAUUUCCUACAGAGAAGCUCUAGAGAUUUAUCCAAACAUGUUAAAGUUGUCUGUGAUGGGACCGAUCUUACCCCAAAGAUCCAGGAACUGAAGUUCCAGUGUAUAGUAUUUUUAAAUAUACCCAGAUAUUGUGCUGGCACAAUGCCCUGGGGGAACCCAGGAGAUCACCAUGACUUUGAACCCCAGCGUCAUGAUGAUGGUUAUAUUGAAGUCAUUGGAUUCACCAUGGCAUCUUUGGCUGCCCUGCAAGUUGGAGGCCAUGGAGAAAGGCUGCACCAGUGUCGGGAGGUCAUGCUGCUAACUUACAAAUCCAUCCCCAUGCAAGUGGAUGGGGAGCCCUGCAGGUUGGCCCCGGCUAUGAUUCGGAUCUCACUGAGGAAUCAGGCCAACAUGGUACAGAAGAGCAAGAGGAGAACGUCCAUGCCUUUACUCAAUGAUCCCCAGUCUGUUCCAGACCGCCUAAGGAUCCGGGUGAACAAAAUCAGUUUACAAGACUAUGAAGGAUUCCACUACGACAAAGAGAAACUCCGGGAAGCCUCCAUCCCACUGGGCAUUCUAGUUGUGCGUGGAGACUGUGAUUUGGAGACUUGCCGUAUGUACAUAGAUCGCCUGCAGGAGGACCUGCAGUCAGUUUCUUCUGGCUCCCAGAGAGUUCAUUACCAGGACCACGAAACCUCCUUCCCUAGGGCGCUCUCAGCUCAGAGACUCUCCCCACGGUGGUGCUUUCUAGAUGCUACUUCUGCUGAUCGCUUUUAUCGAAUAGACAGAUCUCAGGAACAUUUGCACUUUGUAAUGGAGAUUUCUCAAGAUGAGAUUUUUAUUCUGGACCCAGAUAUGGUGUUGUCACAGCAGGCGGGGACACCCCCAGGAAUGCCUGACCUGGUGGUGGAGCAAGCCUCGGGAAUGACAGACUGGUGGAAUCCUGCUCUCCGGAAACGCAUGCUGAGUGACAGUGGGCUGGGGAUGAUAAGCCCGCAUUAUGAAGACUCAGAUCUGAAAGAUUUCAGCCACUCCCGAGUGCUACAGUCACCAGUCUCUUCAGAAGAUCACGCAAUUUUGCAGGCAGUAAUAGCUGGUGAUCUUAUGAAGCUAAUAGAAAGCUAUAAAAACGGAGGCAGCCUGCUAAUUCAGGGACCAGACCACUGUUCACUCCUUCAUUACGCAGCUAAAACCGGCAACGGGGAGAUUGUGAAAUAUAUCCUUGACCACGGACCGUGCGAGUUAUUGGAUAUGGCAGACAGUGAAACGGGCGAGACUGCACUGCACAAGGCAGCCUGCCAGCGGAACCGGGCCGUGUGCCAGCUUCUGGUGGACGCAGGAGCAUCUCUGAGAAAGACGGACUCCAAGGGAAAGACACCUCAAGACAGAGCCCAACAGGCCGGGGACCCAGACUUGGCUGCCUACCUGGAAAGCCGCCAGAAUUAUAAGCUCAUUGGCCAUGAGGACCUGGAAACUGCUGUUUGACCCUGGUAGACAGGCUGAGAGAACCUCAACAAGCAUCUCACCUGUGUCCUCCUGGCGAUUGGGCGGCUCCCCUGGAAGAAGCUGAUGGAAUCCAUAACUCUGUCUCUCCUGCAAGAAUCUAUCUGAGACCAUGCCACCAGUUUUAAGGGCUACCAAGAUGUACUACAGAACAUGAUAGCCCACUGAGGACGAGGCAGGAUACCUGGAGAUUUGUGGACUGCGAGUUCCACAAAAUUCGAUCCUUAUUGCUUCCAGCAAGUAGCAUGAACUUCUGUGUUCACCUGUAUAAUUUAUUUUAAAGAUCCAAGGAUGUUCGUAUAAAUGGCACUGCUCCCUCGCCCCCCUAUGCAUUCACUUUUCCCCUGUACCGCACAAUUCUACUGUAACGACCCAUCGAUUUAAAAAAAUAUAUAUGAUCUGUUCUCUUUACACUCAGUCUUUGAAGACCACGAGACUCUGAAAUAUCUUUUCAAACCCUCUGGAUGUCCUGCAGAAAUAUAACUCUAAAACUGCUUCCACUUCCAAGACUAAAUACACCGAGACUACUUAGUGACCUUUCUGCAUGUCUCCUCUCCCUCCCUAACCCUUUUUCAUUAUAUAGGAGCUGGGAGUGCCACGUAGAUAGCGUCCGCUUGUGUGCAGUAUCUCUGAGGUGCGGCAAGGUGGCAUGGGAGUUGCCUGGGUUGAGUGGUACCUCGGAGGGGGGACCCAGGGGUCAGCCCAGGCGGCGGCACUGUUGCCAAGAGCCAUGGAGGACUGGUUCAGCUUGGGCUGUUGGCCCAGCUCCGUACUGCCUACGUGUAGCCAUCUUUGCCUUUUGCUGCAGCAGAGAUGGGCAGUGGAUUCUCACCAAGGCCCGUAGUGGGUUUGCAGAACCACCCCAUUUUAAGUGCUGUUGAAACUGCAGAGCAGAGAACCAUGAGUGGGAACUCUGGUGACAGGACAUGGAGCACUCCGACAGCGUCUACUUUUAGGCGUUUUGACUGAUAGUAGAAAGCAGGCUAAUCGACUUGAAAUAAAACAGCAAAAGCAAAAGUAGCAACAUAUGUCAAAAUAACUCACUUAAGAAGAAAACAGUCACCGGAGCUGCACAGAGGCUAAUAGGUUCGGGUACAGUGCUGAGAGGGGGCCCGCUUUAGGUUUUCCUUCUAAGGUCUUGGUUUUCAUUACCCUGAGGGAGCCUUGUCCCAAGGACAAAGCCUUGUUUCACGAGCUCCACUGCCAGACUUUCAAGAUGCGUGGAUCAUUCGGCUGGAUGCCUCACCUACUGUUAUCAGAUUCCAAGGUCAUGCCUGAUAGCACUGAAGCCCCACUGUUCAUGUACAGGGUGGUUGAAUAUAUCCUUUUCUCUAUUUCCCCUGCCAGAAUGUUCUUAGUGCCGACUGCUGUUGGGAGUCUAACUGGAAGCAUCAUGCUGGCAGUAGAAUUACAGCUUUUCAUCCUGCCACAGACCAAUUGGUACUUACAGGUACCUCUGUUAGGGACUCUAAGAUAACUAAAGAAUCAGGAGAAAAAGUCUCCUCACUUUCAGAGAAAAUAUCUGCUUGACUUGGGCAUAAGGCAGAAGUGAAAGUGGGUGGCCCUUUUUGCUUUAAACCAAUGUCUUCUGAGCUUUCUUUCCAUUUUGCUCUGAGACAUAAGCCAGAUGUUUCCCUUGUGUUUCUGCAUGUGAGCAUAAAUGAUUGUCUCUCUGCAUUUAAGUUAAAGUCCAGUGGUGCCACCUCACUUAUCUGAACCACUUUUGGUCACGUGUCAUUUUGAAAGUACAGAGAUGAUACACUGUAUUAGGUGGGAAUAGCCUCUCAGUGGAUGGGGACCACAUCUGCCCUUAGUUGUUUCCAAAUCAAACUGUUGGCAUUAUUUUCAGCUGUGGAAAGCGGAAUCUGUUUUCAUACAUCAGUCUUAGAAACAGAGCGAUCUUUUGGGUUUUCUGGCAAGGGCAAAAGGGACUGCAGUAGAUUGUUUCCAGAAGCUGGAAAGAAACAUGCUCCAGGAGAAUUUAAUCACCAGGCUUCUGCUGGGAAUUUUUCAGCUGGUGAGACUGUCAAGGAGAUGUUGUGAUGACGGAAAUAUAAUCCUUAUGACAGGCUGGAACCUGGCUUUGAAUGGUGCCUUCCAUGCCCUAUAUUGAGCCAAGCAUUUGGCUACACGGUGACUGCUGGGAUGAAGGACUGCUCUCACCAACCACCAUCUCAUAUUUCUCUGUGAUGCUUCCAAACAGCCCAGAGAAAAUUGAGGGUACAGGUGGCUGUGGGCCAAUUCAAAUAGCUCCAGCUGAAGUCACACGUAAAUCUUCAGUAUGGAAAUAGAUGAGGUAAUGACUACUGUAGGGGUCCUGAUGCAUUUGGAAAUUGUUCCAAACCAAAAAAGAAAGACAUUAAUGUCCUACAUUAUUGAUGCGGGAAUGACAUAGGACAAAGGCACAUGUCUCUUUGAAAAAGCAAACACCCUAAGAACUUAGGUUUUGAGAAAAAAAAAUAAAGCAUCAGAAAUGGUCAGAAUAGUGACCUAUUUAAUGGUUUAAACAUUAAAUCUACCUCCUGUAGCUUUUUAAAAAAAUUGGUCACUGCAUGUGACAGUCCUGGGCUUUAGAAAAGAGAGAAGGGCAUGUGUUCUAGGAGUCUCCAACGUAGCUUAGGUAGGUAGUAGCCCCUCUCCUGGGCCAUCAGGAAGCAUGGGAGCAAAUAGUCUGGCACUGGUCUGAUAAUCCACGUAACUUUAAAAGACUUAAAACUGUACACCUAUGGAAAUACAAUUUUCUACAAAACCUACUGAGACAGCACUGCCAAGUGUAGCUGGCUCAGCUGCCAUUCCUCUGUGUUUGGCUCAGGAGAGCUCUUUGCCUUGUGCUGCUGUCUGCUCUGGGAUUCCAUUUUUAGAUUGGGCAGAUAGAGGCGUGAGAAAUGGAGAGUUAUUAAAAGCCAACAUUAUAUAACCUUGAAGCUAGUCAUUUUUUGGUAGCCUUAUAUUCUGGUAUGAUGCAUUUAAUGAAAAAGGACCCAGUUGUGCUGUGCUUAUCACAUUCAAGGGCUUGAUAAAGAACAGAAGCUAAGAAGAAAAUAAACACCACGGCCAGGAAUUUCACUUUGAGAGUUUCAGUUACCUCUAUAGGGGUUAUAGUCUAUGGGGUCACAAAGAGUUGAACGUGACUGAGCACACACACAGAGGUUUUAACCUAAAACGAAUGCAGUGUCUGAAAUGAAGAAUUUAACUGGCGAGUACACAGCCUUGAAACUAGCAACAAGUGCUGGAAAGCCUCACACGUGCCCCGUUGUUCCCAUCCUUCUGUUCUAGCUGGCCUGAGUGUGUAGGCAGGUCCGUUUACAUUGAGAGAUCCUCAACAAGCAAGUAGUUUCCAUUCAGACCUAGUAACAGUUUCUUUGCCUAAAGGAUUUCCAGGAUUUAUUGACUGGACACCUUAUAAUAUUCAUGUCUUUAAAAAUGGGGGGCAGAAGUUUUUUUUCCCCAUGUCAAUUUCAUUUUAAAUGUUUAGGUUUUUUAAAGUAUAAAAGUUGAAUGUGCUUUUUAUAAGAAGUUCUAAUACCACAGAUGAAUAUCACAUGCACUGUCAAGGUGUUGCUCUCUGCUGGUGUAGAGUCCUCUGUUUGGCCCCUAGAGAUAAACAGCGGGAACACGGAUAACCACUGUUGCUUGUACAUAUGUCAGAAAUACUCUGCAUAUUACAAGCCUCAACGCACACAUAGAGAGGUAUUUAUUUGUAGACAUAUAUGUGUAUAUAUCCUAUACACACAUAUAUUGCAUAAGUUUGAAAAAACAUUUUAGAAGCAUGCUAGUCAUCUGUGCCUAUGUAGUUAACUCCAACAGGCAAAGAUAAGGUAAUAGAAAAUUUUUCUUUUAUGCUUUGUUAUCUUUCCUAUUAACUAAGCCCAGUUCUGUUACUGCAGCACUUCAAACGCACACGACAUUUGCUCUUGCCUGUGUCGUAAAAUCUGUGACCAAGAGGUCUUAUGAUUGUCUUUCUUACCUUCCAUGAAGCAUGCAGCCUGCCUGAGCCUCGAGACUUGUCUACGCUAUUUGUGGAUCUCGAGUGGAGAGUUUCUCUGUGACACGUACACACCUUUACAAGGCUGAGUUUACAGGACUAACAGUCAGUAGGCUGCCUAGUGAUACUUCAUUCUGGCAAGUUCCCACCAAAAAGGUGUCAUAACUUGGAUAUGGGUAGGGUCUGAGUAACUUGGCUUCCUUCCAGUAAGAGUAGCUAAUGAAAUCGCUGAAAACAGCAUUUUCUAUUCAGUUAUGCUAUUUAAAAAUAAAGUAGAUUGUUGUUAAACUGGCUUAUCGUAACCAUCCAAUAAAACUAAUUACUUAAAUGGAUUAUUUUUAUUUUAGGGGGAGAAGUGUAACAAUCUUUAGAGAGUUUUCUGAUCUUUAACAUUUAUUUAGUAUGAAAUUGCUUCUGCCCAGGUCUUAGUAGAACCAUCUCUGAAUACCUCAAGUUUCUAAUUCUCUAAAUGCCAUGUUCAGCUGAUUAUUUUAAGUCCUAUGUUUUUUAUUUUGUUCCCUCUGCCCGGCCCCUCACACUGACUUUGGCACCGACCCAUUUCUAUUUCCUGGUCAUAAUCCCAUCUCUGAUCCCUCCAAUUGUCUGACCAUAGCGGUAGUCCCACUCCUGGACUUUCUGCCACUACCUUCAAUAAUUCCAUUAUACAGAUGCCCGAGUCUCCCCCAGAUAUUAUGUUCAAACCGGAUCAAAAUGAAAUUACCCUCCAGGACAAGUAUCCAUUUUCCCUAAAGGACAAAUAGACUCCCACUGACCUUGAUCAUCUUGCACAGUUACAAGAAGUCUUAUUCUGAGAAGUAAUUUCCCAGAUAGAUUGAGCAAAUUUCUGUCCUAGUCACACAAUGAGAGUACGCUAUUAUAAAAGCUUCUUCCACACCCAGUGAUAUAAACCGUGUGCCCCUAGGAAGUCACCUGGGUGGCUGGAUUCUGUGUGUGUUUUACCCCUACUGGCCAUUUAUGGAUUUAGGCUAUCUCCCCACAGUUGAAAGGGAUAUCUCAUGGGCUUCCCUGGUGGCUCAAUGGUAAAGAAUCCAUCUGCCAAUGCAGGAGGUGCAUGUUUGAUCCCUGGGUAGGAAAGAUCCCCUGGAGAAGGAAAUGGAAACCCACUCCAGUAUUCUUGCCUGGGAAAUCCCAUGGGCAGAGAAGCCUGGUGAGCUACAGUCCAUGGGGUCGCAAAGAGUCAGACACGACUUAGCAAACAUAACCCCGCAAACAUAAACAACAAACAAUAACCCCACAAAGAGAAACCUACAAAUAGGAACUAAGAAAGGAAUAGUGCUCACGACAACCUGUUUGCCCAGGACACUGACAGUUACUGAACUUGCCCCCCGAACCCACCCCCCCCCACCAAAAAAGGCAUAAAAAAUAAUUCUUAGGCUGUUGAAGCAUUAUGUUUUAAAGUAGAGAUUUGGAUAUUGGAUGGUAUCUUCAUGGUGGACAUAUUCCAGAAUCUGUUUAUACAUAUAUUCAGUCAUUUUACACACAGUCAUCUGUUCACGAAUCAAUUAUACAAUCAUAUAUUUAAUCAUUCACUUGAAGAUAUGUUUACUCUGGUGCAGGCACCAUACAAAGGAUAUAAGAAUGACUGCAAGAGAGAGAACUCUUGACCUCAACGGAACUAAGUCUAGGAGAAAAUACAAAUUCCAAUCUGAUAAGUUCUGUACAGAAGCCCAUGGUACUGGGGAGCAGGCCCUGCAAGUUCAAGUCUAACCAUGUUUUAUUUCUAUGAAAUAUGAAAUGAGAAUAUGAAAGAAGCCACAGUUUGCAUUCCCUUUCUCUUGGAGUCUUGUUACUGUUCUUAAAAAAAAUAAGGAUCUGAAACCAAGACUUCAAGAUGAGACUUAGAAACACUACUAAAAUGAGAGCCCAAAUGUUUAUCCUAUUUUCAAGGACAGAACUAGGAACAAGAGGCAAAACUUGCAGUUGGAUUUUGACUGAAUAGAAAGGUGAAGCAUAAGUAUCAUCGAACGGUGGCGUUAUCCCAGAAUUAGAAACUUUUAGUAAUGGGGAGUAUUUAAGCAGAGGCUACGUGGACCACCUGGAGGGAUGCUGUGAUUUUGGACAUGUGUCUGAGGGGGCUGGAUUCGAUUCUGGGAGCUUUUUUAAAUGUUCUUUUAAAAUGACUUUGUUGAAAGGGAGGAAUCCCUUUGAAAAUUUUAUAAAAAUCUUGACUUUUAAUCUUUUAAAAUAUCGCUUUGUGACAGUCUAAGUCUUAAAGAGAAUGACAUUUAGUUAUCAUUUAAAAAUCUUAAAACUAAGCAUGAAUUUAAGAGCUAAUGAAAAGAAAGCAUACUAAGAGGUAUAACUCUACUUCUGGAAGCAUCAUGGAUUCUGAUGAAUAUUCUUAGGCAUCCUUAAGUAAAGUCUUACUUGAAAUCUGUUUUACUGUCUAUUCAAAUUCAGUAUAAAAAUGUGCUGUGGUUUGAUAUUCUUAGAAUUACUUGUAAUCUGGUAUGAUCAGAGGAGAAAGCGCUGCCUAAAAGAUGUUUGAGGUCCAAGUAAAUGUCCAUGAAAGGCAAUCCUAGAAAGUUCCCUGGCUUCUGCUCCUGGCAUAGUAAUUACAAGGGAGAGCUUACCCAUGAAAAUAAGUAAUGAUUCUGGUUUUGCCCAUUUUUCCAUAGUUUCAGUAUUUUGAGCCAAAUAGCAUUUGACAUGGGAGACUAGUGGUGGGAGCAACUGAAACUAUCUUGUUUCUCAAUCCUCUAGUGCGUAUAGCUUUCAAUAAAAAUAAUUUUAACCACUCAAAUCUGUACAAUUUAUUAGUAGCAGUUUCAAUAAUUUUAGAAUGUUACUUUAGCAUUUUGAUGCAUUUUUUACACUUUUGAGCCUCAAUGCAAACCCCUGAGAUUUAAUGCAUAUAAUGUGUUUUAACUAAAUAAAUAGAAUCUCAGAGCAAUGAAUCUGACUAACACUGAUACAUGUAUUAAGUGGUAGAACUGUAGCACAGCUAAGAUCUUCAGAUAUUCCAGACUAAUGUGUCUACAAUAGAUGUUUUCUAAGUAAAUAAUUUUCCACCAUUGCUUUCAAUGCUGCUUUACAUCCAUCAUUCAGAUGUCCAUCAUUUACAAGGUGCCUCCUUGAAAAAAUAUUUACCUAAGAUUCCAUAGCAUGGGUUGGUUAGGACUGAGGGAGAAUAUGAAAUUAAAAAUUUAGGGGUUUUGCUCUCAGACAAAGGCUUAUCAGGUUGGACAUAUUUCAAGGGGAGAAAAGACCAAAUGUUUUCAUACCAGGAUGGAUUUUACGAAAUGACACUGAGGGGAGAUUUCUUGGCUUCUCUGCUUUGUGAUUCUCAGCAUUUUUAAUGUUGGUAUUAUUUUCUCUCCUUGAAAGUCACUACUGGAAUAAUAUUAUUUCAGAAUACUGCACCAAAAUGUGUCUUGCCAUUCAAGACUUCAAAGAUUAAAGUUUUGGGUGAGUAUACAAGGCUAAAUCCAUCAUACACAUUCACGUAUGGAGUUAGCCAAAAUAUUCUUUUGAGUUUGUCUAUGGGAUGUUAUGGACAAACCCAAACUUUUUUAGCCAACCCAAUACAUAGAGGCCUAACACACUUAUGGGAAGAUGCCACACUUGAGGUAGAAACAACAAACGGGCCUGAGAUAUCCUUCCAUUCCUAAUCUCAUAUUUACAAGGCACCACUGUCGGCAGUUGAUGAAUAUGUAAAAGAGGGGUGUUUGAUCUGGAAGGGAGCCAGAUGAACAGGAAUGUUGGGAGAAGAUGGCUUAAGUAGGACUAUGAGGUCCAAAUUCUGUAGGACAGACGAGAUCAGGAACAGACAUGGAGGAGAGGCAGCUUUAUUUCUUAUGUAAGGAUUUUGUUUUCCCUAAACAUUACAUCCAGAAAAAUGAAUUGGGUUUUCUAAAAAACAGUGAACUUAUCACAGCUGAUGUUUCUUAUAGCAUAUAAGCAAAAAUUGAACAACCAGAUCAGGGAUCAUGUUAAAGCAAUUGCUUGGACUAAAAGACUUCUGUGAUGUUUUCCAGGUUUCAAUUUCUAUGAUUUUAGACUGGAGCAGAACUCAAUUAGAGCCCCCUUCUUUCAAGUUCCUGCCAUAUAGAUGCAAUGAAAGUAUUUCUGUAAAAAUACCAGACACUGUAAAUAUAUCCCAGACCAUUUAGAAGCCAGUAUUUCAUGACCUUAAAAAAAAAAUUUGCUUUGCUUACACAUACACACUCACCACUGCCAGCCAAUUCCCAAACCUCUAAAUAAGAUAUAUAUUUCUCCUAAGGCAUAAGUCACAAAUUCAGGAAUUAAAGUGGAAACAAAGGAUCUAGUGUUCACUCUCCUACUUUCUCUCCAUUUUUUUUUUUUGUUUGGGGUGUGCAUUUGGGACUGGGGCUUGGAGAAGGGGCAGAAGAUCUCUGUAUUUUCUGAUUACAGAAAGGCAUGGAGGCAAUUUCUGUUACCUGUUGUCAUGAAACAGGACUUAACCUCCCAUCCCUAGACUAAUUUUCCCGGGAUAUUUCUGUUUGUGAACUAGUUUUAAUUGGCUACCUUCCCUUACUUCCAUGAAUUCCUGGAUUUCAGGUUGGCUGCAUGGGGGUGGGAGUCUUUCCUGAGAUAGUUGUUAACCGUGGACCCAUAUCUGCAGGCUUGCUCAGAGAAUUGCUCCCACUCAAUCUUGUCUCCCACCCUUCCUGCUUGCCUCUGGCUCAGGAAGGUAAGAAAAGGCAGAGUAAU